UUCAUGGAUCCAUUAAAGAGGCGACUCAUCUCCGGUGAAUGGAAAACUAUUGUGGACGAUUCCAUCAGACUAUACAAUGCACAGAAAAAUAGGAAAGGCAGAAAAAUAGUUCAAUGGAAAAAUUGUGCGGGCAUUCCGGAGCAAUUGGACGAUAAAACUUGUGGACUGUGGAUUAUGUAUUACAUGAAAGACAUAGCGGAGGACAAAAAUCAACAGUGGAGUGCUAAGUGGGAAAGGAAAGCAAAUCACUUCUACACACAAAAAGACAUUGAUCAGGUUCGGGCCGAGUGGGCAAAGUAUAUCAGCCAAUUUCAACAAAGCUAGUGUGUCGAGAAGAUUCUAAUUUUGGACAUGCAUCAUCUAUAACCCAUAUUAACUAGUUAUGCAGUUGGUCUAAGUAUCUAUUUUUGGCCUGCAAGUACAGUUUAAUUAUGAUCAGUAGCUAGUAUGA